AUGCAUAAUCCGUGGCACCCCAAACCCGCCGAGCCCGCGUUCGGCGAGGGCAAGGUCGUGCCCGAGACCCAAGCCUCGCUCCUCUCCAAGCUCGUAUUCUCCUGGCUCGGACCUUUCCUCGCCGUCGGCUUUUCGCGCCCACUAGAGAAAGAAGAUCUAUGGCAGCUCCCAGCCCCGCGCCUGACACAGAAUCUGACCGAUCGCAUCGAACGCAAUUUCUACGCCCGAUGCCCACCCGAACGGCGCCCCGCUUUCCUCAAAAACAUGGACGAGCGUGUCGUGCGCGAAGAGGAAGGCGCGAUGGUACCCGAGGACGCCUCGCCCACAUCUCCAGCUGCCGCCGAUGACGACGACAUCGACGAGGAGAAGCGACGCAUCGGUCUGUCCGAGAUCACACCGGUCCCCUCCACCGUCGUAUCCGGUUCUUCCAAACGGGAUGCGGGCAACGAGAAGGCGAUAGAUGACCAGACCAACGCCUCGUCCACGCGCGAGGAGGACGCUGCGCUCGAGGGGGAGAAGAAGAGACACCGGUUUCGCCGCCGGCCCACGGGCGUAACCCCGCUCGACAAGCACGGCCAGAAGCGGUACGACGAGAACCUGCUCAAGGCACUCCUCAACACCUUCUUCUGGCGCUGGUGGGCCGGUGGCCUCCUUAAACUCUGCGGUGAUACGCUGAACACGACCACGCCUCUGCUCAACAAACGCCUCCUCUCCUGGCUCUCGGUCUCGUUCGCGUACGCCAAGCUGUCCGAUGCCGAGCGUGCCGAGGCAGGGUUGUCCAAGCCUCAAGGAAUCGGGUACGGCAUCGGCCUCGCCUUCGCGCUGUUCGCGAUGCAGGAAGUGUCCAGUCUUAUGACCAACCAUUACCAACUGACGACGAUGACCACCGGUCUGUCGGUGCGAACUGGGGUCAUCGGCACCAUCUUCCGCAAAUCGCUCCGCCUGUCAGGCCGUGCCAGGCUCGACCAUUCCGUAGGCCAGAUCACGACGAUGAUCUCCACCGACGCGACCCGGCUCGACCGCGUCUCCGCCUUCGCGCACAACCUCUGGGUCGGGCCCAUCCAGAUCAUCAUCGGCGUCGCGCUCCUCAUCAACAACCUAGGAUACUCGGCCCUCGUCGGCCUCGGCGUCCUCCUCCUCGGCUUCCCCCUCCAAUUCCUGCUCGUCCGCGUCAUGUUCCAGAUGCGCCGGAAGGGAGUGCAGAUCACGGAUAACCGUGUCCGACUUACAGGCGAGGUCUUGCAAGGCAUCCGCCUCGUGAAGCAGUACGCUUGGGAAGCGUUCUACGCGCGCCAGAUCGGUCAUCUACGCGAGCGCGAGGUGGAGACGAUCCGCCGCGUCGCGAUGGCGCGCUCUCUGCUCAUCGCGCUCGUCACCUUCAUCCCCGUAGCCGCCGCCGUCCUCUCCUUCAUCACCUACGCGCUCUCCGGACACGAGCUCAACGUCGCGAUCAUCUUCUCCUCGCUGCAGUUCUUCAACAUCAUCCGCCAGCCGCUCACCUUCUUCCCCCUCGUCCUCUCCGCCGCGUCCGACGCCGUCGUCGCCCUCGGCCGCAUCUCCAAGUUCCUCACCUCGGAGGAGAUCGCGGAGCCGUACGCGGUCGACGACAGCCCGGACAACAAGGACGCGGUCCGCGUCGACGGCAGCUUCCGCUGGGAGACGGCGGGCAAGCCCGUCAACGCGAAGUUUAGCGGGAUGAGGGGCAGGGGCCGGGGCCGGGGAGGGGCGAAGGGCGAGAGCAGGGGCGAGGCGAAGAAGAGGAAGGAGAAGGAGAAAGCCGCGAAGGAGGGGGAGGGGAGCGUGAGCACGGAGAAGGCGAAGCGGCUGGGAUGGUUCAGGCGAGGCAAGGGUAAGAAGGAGGCCGUGCUGCCGACGAGCGCGAAGGACGUCGUUGAGAAGGAGGACAAGGGCAAGAAGCCGGAGGAGAAACCGUUCGAGCUCAACGACGUCAAGCUGAAGGUAUCCAAGGGCGCGUUCGUGGCCGUGGUCGGUCGUGUGGGAUCUGGCAAGAGCUCACUCUUGCAAGCGAUGAUCGGCGAGAUGCGCCGGACGAGCGGAAGCGUGGUAUUCGGCGGCUCGGUCGCCUACGUGCCCCAGACGGCGUGGAUCAUGAACGCCACGCUUCGCGACAACAUCACGUUCGGCCUACCCUUCGACGAGCAGAAGUUCCGGGCGAUCAUCAAGGCGUGUAGCUUGGAGCACGACCUCGAAAUGUUGCCCAAUGGCGAGGAGACGGAGAUCGGCGAGAAGGGCAUCAACCUGUCCGGUGGCCAAAAGGCGCGAGUGUCGCUCGCGCGCGCGGCUUAUUACAACGCGGACAUCGUGCUACUCGAUGAUUCGCUCAGCGCGGUCGACGCAUAUGUCGGCAAAGCGAUCCUCGAGAACUGUCUCAUCAGUGGGCCGCUCGCGGACAAGACGAGGGUGCUCGUCACGCACGCUCUUCAUGUGCUGGACAAGACGGACUACAUCUACGUUAUGGAGAACGGCAUCAUCGCCGAGCAAGGCACCUUCAAGGAGCUCAUGAACGACAGCGUUCUUUUCUCGCGCAUCAUGGACGAGUACGGCAGCCAAGAGAAGGAGGCCGACGCGGACACGGCAGCGGCUGAGAAAACCAUCAAGAAACCCAAGGAAGCGGCCGGCGCGGACAAUCUGGAGGAGAAGAAGAAGGGCCAGGCCGGGUUGAUGACGGCGGAGGAGCGCAACAAAGGCGCCGUCACGGGAGAGACGUACCGCAAGUACCUCAGGUUCGCGGGCUCCGUCAUGUGGGCGCCGUACAUUGCUAUUUUGCUGGCGUUGGUCCAGGGUGCCGCAGUCGGAAACAAUCUGUUCCUUGGCUUCUGGACGGGCGAAACUAUACGUGGCUUCAGCCAGGGACAGUAUAUGGCGGUGUAUGCUGGUCUUGGUAUAGCACAAGCGCUGUUCCAGUUUAUGGUCAGCUUCUCGUUCAGUGUGAUGACGCUUUCUGCUGGCCUUCGUCUGUUCAAAGCUGCGUUGAAUGGUGUCUUGCGAUCGCCGACGUCGUUCUUCGACACCACUCCAAUGGGCAGGAUCAUAUCUCGCUUAUCGAAGGAUCAGGAUACCUUGGAUACCGAAUUGUCGAUGACCGCCUUCCAGCUUUUAUCGACCUUUACAUCGGUAUUGGGAACGGUCGCCCUGGUUUUCUAUACCUUCCCCUUGCUAGGCAUUAUAUUCGCUCCUUUAGGAGUCCUGUAUUACGCUGCUGCGACCUACUAUCGGCGUAGCUCCGUCGAGACGAAGCGACUGGACAGUCUCAUGCGCUCUGCCCUUUAUGCGUCAUACAGCGAGACUUUGACCGGUCUUUCUACCGUCAGAGCGUAUCGCGAACAAGACCGGUUCACCCUCAACGCUCAGCACGGACUAGAUCUUGAAAAUCGAGCAUACUACAUGACGAUCGCCAUACAACGUUGGCUCGGAGUUCGCCUCGAUUUCUUCGGAAACAUUUUGAUUCUGGGGAUCGCAUUAUUCGCGGCCGGGCUACGCACCAGCACGAACCCAUCCAAGAUUGGUGUCGUCUUAUCGUACUCGCUCAGCAUAACACAGGUCUUCUCUCAAAUGGUAUCGCAAUAUGCGCAGAACGAACAGAACAUGAACGCCGUUGAGCGAGUCCUCGUGUACACCGAAUUACCUUCAGAAGGAGCUCCGCAUACUCCUAACGACCCGCCUCCGCAAUGGCCCGAGAAGGGUGAAAUCAAGUUCCGCAACGUACGACUCGCCUAUAGGAAAGGACUUCCUCUGGUCUUGAAGGAUGUCUCCUUCCAAGUCAAACCUGGAGAGAAGCUCGGAAUUGUCGGCCGGACGGGAGCAGGAAAGUCGUCGCUUCUCCAGGCACUAUUCAGGAUGGUUGAGCUGGAAGGCGGAAAGAUCGAAAUCGAUGGCCACAACAUCGCAAACAUGGGCUUGGACACUUUGCGUGGGCGGCUCGCGCUUGUGCCGCAAGACAGCACGCUUUUCCUUGGAACGCUUCGCGAGAAUCUGGACCCGGAAAAUACGCGAACGGACGCAGAGCUUAUUUCUGCACUACAACGGGCAUGGUUGCUACCCAGAGAAGGCCCAGUCGAUGCCACGACGGAAGCCAAGUUCGGAUUGAACGCAGCUGUUAGCGAUGAAGGGGGUAACUACUCUGCUGGGGAGAAGCAGCUACUAGCUUUGUGCCGGGCACUGGUCAAGAACAGCCGUAUCAUUGUUCUUGACGAGGCGACGAGUAGUGUCGAUGUCGAGACCGACGCGAAGCUGCAACGUACGAUUCAGAGCGAAUUCGCGGGUUCGACGCUUCUAUGCAUCGCCCACAGGCUCAACACGAUUUGCUACUACGAUCGUGUGUUGGUGAUGGAUGGAGGUCAAGUGGCCGAGUACGACACGCCGCUCAACCUGUUUGACAAGGAAGAUUCCAUUUUUCGAUCGCUUUGCAACGAAGCCAAGUUGACUAGAGAGGACAUCGUACGGAUAAGGACCGGUGUCCACAUGGAUCCGAACCCAUAGGAAAACACUGUUUAGACUUAGUGCUGCUCUAUCUUACGAUUCGACACGUUCACAACGCGGACGGAAUUGCUGACUGUGAUAUCGAUACGGCGGAAUAU